CCGAACGAAAUCGAGAGGCAAUUCUUCCCGACGGCAAAACCGGCUGGUCCACUCAAUACUCUCUCACAGAAAACACAUUCCGCACGCUGAAACUAACGAGCGAUACCUUUUGCUCAGCAGGAGCUUUUCUUGCAAAUGGAACGCUUGUUGAGACAGCUGGCGGUGAUGGAAUGCAUUUGACCGGUGCAGGUUAUAGAAAGAUAAGACUUUUUACUCCUUGCGAAGAUGAUUCAUGUAUUUGGAAUGAAAUUCCAGAUACCAUGUUAAAUGCAAGAUGGUAUAAUACAAUGGCUACGCUUCCGGAUGGCAAUGUUUUUAUCGUGGGCGGCUCUACGCGCUCGGUCGCACUUAACACCAAAGAGGUAAACAACCCCACUUUUGAGAUUUACCCACGUAGUCGCGAACAAAUACCGUUGCAGUUUUUAAUUGACACGCUUCCAAAUAACCUUUACCCACAAGUACAUGUACUUCCUGAUCGCGAAGACACUAUAUUCUUGUUUGCCAACAAACAGUCAAUUCUUUUUAAUUAUGAAACGAGAGAGACCAUAGCCGUCCUUCCUGACAUCCCUGGUCCGCCUCGCUCAUAUCCCCUUACCGGUACAUCGGUAUUGCUCCCACUGUCGUACCGCAAUAAUUAUAAACCCGAGAUUUUGAUAUGUGGCGGAAGUCCUAAGAGGGUAACAAAAGCGAAAGCAUCGAACAGUUGCGGAAGAAUUGACCUCAGCAAAGAUAAACCAACAUGGGAUAUGGACGACUUUGGUGGCAUCGGAAGAAUUAUGCCCGAUAGUGUCAUUCUACCAAAUGGACAAGUCGUUUUUAUUAACGGAGCCAAAAGAGGCUUCGCCGGUUAUGUUAAAGAUAAAGGAACACGAUUCGUAAACAGCGACCCAGUAUUUACACCAGUUUUAUACGACCCAGCGAAAGAAAAGGGCAAUCGUUGGAGGACUCUUGCACCCAGCACGAUUGCUAGAAUGUAUCACUCCACGGCAACGCUCAUAUACGAUGGCAGUAUCUUCGUGUCCGGAAGCAAUCCGCAGCCCAAUUUUAAUCCCAAUUCGCUUUUUCCAACAGAAUAUCGGGCUGAGAAAUUUUACCCACCUUACUUUACUUCUUCUACGCCUCGACUCACAAUCACAUCUCUUCUCGGCGAAGAUACAUUAUCGUACUCUGGAGUACCAAUAAAGAUCAACUAUGACCAAACAUUGACUGUUAAUAUAAAGACAUCGGAUCCAGAACCGGAGAUAUUUGCUUCGUUAAUUCACUUUGGCUUUGUUACGCAUUCUACAAGUAUGGGCCAACGGUUUGUCGAAUUAAAUGUGGUGGAUAUUGAACCGACUGGUAACGAAAAUGAGUUUACCAUCAAAAUCGAGAGCCCACCUAACGCCUAUGUUAUCGCUCCUGGACCAAGUUACCUGUUUUUAAUGAACAAAGGCCGAGUCUGCGAUGAAGCCGUACACGUGUUACUUGGAUAA